UCGUGCGGUAGUCAUGGUGUUGUCAGUGCUUGCGUUUAUCAUUACGAUGGCUCUGAACGCGCUGGCUGGGUCUGGAAGUAAGAACGGUCCGUUCCGACAGAGUACUGGGAACGUGUCCAAUAGAUUCGACACAGAAAUAACUCCUGCUGGAUGGACCUUCUCCAUCUGGGGGGUAAUUUAUGCCUGGCUUUCUGCAAUGCUUGGCUACAUCCUCAUUGGUCUCUGCAGAAGGACUAUGUAUGGGCCAAUGUAUUGCCACCCCGCAGUCUUGCCCUAUGGAUUCUACCUGUCCUGGAUUGUGAACCUGAGUCUGAACAUCACCUGGCUGUUCCUGUGGGACAGAGAGCAGAUGGUAGCGGGACUGGUUGUGCUGGCUUUGGUAGCUUUCACCAACUAUCUGGUGAUUUUUUUCUCCUGUCACGGGCUCUAUAUUUAUGGUGCCUGGCUCAAUAAAUACCACAAAAUGGAUCUGUGGCUGAUACGAGUGCUGGUCCAGAACGGCAUGGGUGUGUACGCAACAUGGACGACUAUAGCCACACUGCUCAACUUCACAGUGGUGUUAGAAUACAGUGCAGGGUUGGCCAAGAUGGAUGCAGCCACUGUGUCACUCAGCCUGCUCCUAAUAGAGACCAUCGCCUGGUUUGUCGUGGAAAACUUUGUGCUGGAGAAGCAUGUGCGCUACAUCCUUACCGUAUACCCCGUGGUGAUCGUGGCUCUGACGGGAAACAUAACCAAGCAUUACGACCCGGCAGCGCCCAGCCGGAAUAGCAUCUUCACCGUGGUGCUGCUAGCAUUGGCCAGCGUGCUCUUCGUAGUGCGAGUCUUACUGGUCAUAUGGAGGCAUAGGAAACGGCCUCUCUACCAGGAUUCAAACUCAGAGGUCCUGAUGUCACCGAUGGACAUCGCCGCAAAGCAGAAAAAAGUCUUCACUUAGAUGUGUGCACAUUCCAAGCAACCUUUAAGUCUGAUGACUUAUGUUUGGGGUGCCCAAACUGUACAUUUAAUAUACCUGCUAAACUCCACAACCUACAGUGAUAACACCUUUUCAUAUUCAGAAAGACAACUGCAAACUGCUUAACACUUCUUAAAGAUCUCAACAAUAAGGCAAUGUUGAACCACAGGCAAUACUGUGUGUGAUCUGGGGGUCCACUCCACAAAGAAUGGAAUUACGUUAAACUGAUACAUUUUAAAUUCAU